AUGUCCGCAGAAGCCCUCCCAAUAACGCCUGCCCGCUUCGCCGCUGCUCUCCAAGACCUCCCCAUCUCAUCGCUGUACGCAAAACACGCCGAGCUCUCCAACCAAAUCACACACCUGGAAUCGAGCAACAAGCAACUCGAGGACUUUGCGCGAGAAAACGACGACAGGGACUGCUACGAGGCGCUGCUGGAGAACAGACAGGUCAUGCGGAGGUUCAGCGAGAGGAAGGACUUGAUCAAGAAAGAGGUGGAGGAGGUGCGGGGCCUGCCUUGGAUGCCGCAGGGUGAGGAGGAGAUCAGGAAGGAAGAGGGAGAUGUGGGGCGCGUGAACGGUGCAGUGGUGGGCCAAGAGCGGAGGAAUGGUGUUGAAGCUGGUGCUGAGUCGCGAAAUGCAGAUGAGGAGGAGGGUGUGUUCUUGUGA